AUGACGGUCGAAAAAAAACUACAUGUCCUCGUGGUGGGUGCAGGAUUCGGGGGCCUCGGGUGUGCCAUCGCGUGUAAACGGCAAGGAUUCGACGUGACAGUCUUCGACAAAGUGGCGAAAUUUGCUCCAAUUGGAGACUCCAUCGGCUUUGGAUGCAACUCUGCGCGUCUCUUGAAAAGAUGGGGUAUUCUUGAUGAUAUGCUACCCAUUUGCUCCCGGGUAAAGGUCGCUACCAUACACGAUUACGCUGGCAAGCUUCUGGCAGAAGACCCAUCUCAGGGAGAUGCAGAGGAAGAGUUUGGGGUGCCAUCUUUGAUCGGGCACAGAGGCCAUCUGCACCAAAUAAUGCUCGAUCAUGCUACCAAGCUCGGCGUUGAGGUGAGACCGGGAUCAGAGGUUGUGGAUUAUGACUCUGCGAAGCCAAGCAUCAUUCUCAAAUCUGGACAAGAGAUUACCGGAGAUGUCGUUGUUGUAGCAGAUGGUGUGAGAAGCAUCGGAAAGACAGCAGUGCUCGGGUACUAUGAUAAGCCUCAGCACAGUGGUUACGCAGUCUGGAGAGCAUUCGCUGAUGGAACCGCGCUCCGUAAUGAUCCGCUUGUGCAGCAUCUUGUGAAAGAUGACAGCCUUGGGCUUUGGAUUGGGCCCGACAUCCACGCCCUAGCGCUUUCCUUCCAAGGGGGCUCUCUAAUCAACAUGGGUGUUACUCAUAAAGACGACACCGAUAUCGAGGAGGGCUGGCGAGUUCCCGCCAAGAAAGAGGAUGUGAUGGAGUUGAUUCGUGACUGGGAUCCCGCAUACAAAAGGCUAUGGGAGCACACUCCACCCGAGAACAUUCUUGACUGGAAGCUUGUUUAUCGGCCCUGUUUGAAAAAAUGGGUCGCCGAUAGUGGACUGAUCGCAGUCAUGGGAGACGCGGCACAUCCGUUUUUGCCCUCCUCUUCCCAAGGUGCUAGCCAGGCUAUUGAAGACGGGGCAACAAUCGCUUUGUGCCUUGCAAAGGCUGAGAGCAAAACGGAUAUCCCACUCGCACUGCAUACUUUCUUUGAGAUCAGAUAUGAGCAUGUUGCUGCAGCGCAGCAUAUGGGCAUUGAGCAACGAGACGAAUGGCAUCACAACCACGAAAAUGGCCAGCUGACGAAUAUCCCGGACUUCUCCAAAGGCAUGCUGAAGACCAGGUCGCUAUGGGGACAUGAUGCGGAGAAAGUAGUAGAGGAGGAGUGGGAUGCUAAGUCGGCUUUGGCUCGGGAGAAGUAUGGUAUCUAA